AUGAACGGCGGGGCCCUGCCGCCGCUGCCCCCCGCCCGCCGCCGCCCCGCCUCCCCCGAGCUGCUGCGCUGCAAACGCCGCUUGGCCUUGGCCGCCCUCCCUGGGACCGGCGCGGCGGCGGCGGCGGCCGUGGCGCGGCGUAACGAGCGCGAACGCAACCGCGUCCGCCUGGUCAACCUGGGCUUCGCCGCGCUCCGCCAGCACGUUCCGCACGGCGCCGCCAGCAAGAAGAUGAGCAAGGUGGAGACCCUCCGCUCCGCGGUCGAGUACAUCCGCGCCUUGCAGCGGCUCCUCGACGAGCACGACGCCGCCGCCUUCCCCGACGGCCACGGGCGAGCGGCCGUCGGGGAAGGCGGCGGCGGCGGCGGCGGCUACUCCUCCGCGUCGCCCUCCUUCGCGUCCUCCGUGCCCGGCUCGCCUUGCUCUUCCGAGGAGAGCGGCUACGACGCGGCGCUUAGCCCGGAGGAGCGGGAGCUGCUGGACUUCACCGGCUGGCUGGGAAGCUACUGACCCGGCGGGAGCCCCGCUCAUCCCGCUGUACCUCCGCGUCCUCCACAGCGGCCAGCACCACCAACCCCCUCCCGCCCCUGCGCCCCAAAAAACCGCUCUGCUCGCCGGGUUCAACCGUCGUCUUCGAGCUGUGGAAAGUGCAAUCGUGUAAAUGACCGACGGCGCUCCGGUACCCGCGCCCGCGCACUGCCAUCGUCGGGAGCCGCCAACGAAGAGGAGACCAGAGCAACCCCACGUCCCCCCACGGCUGCUUUGAAAGGGGGGGAGGUUAAAGAAAAACGAAAAGGAAUUAUAAACACCGGAUACUUCCCUUUUUCUGGAGGGGGAGGGAAUUUUUUAUCAUGUUGGAUUCUAUUUUAUAUGUAACUUGAACUGCCUGUGGGAACACUGGUGUAUGAAGACAUAUUUUUGUACAAGAAACCCUGGAAAAAAAGGGUGAGGAGAUAGUUCUAUUUUUAGCAAGUCCUAUUCCCUUGUUCUUGAACACUGCCAGCUAGAAUGUUUUGAACGUACACAGUUUAGGUAAAAAGGUGGGCUUUUUUCUCUCUCCAAACACUUUAGUAAAAGACUGUAAAGUUCUGCUGUGUCUUAAUGUGGUGUCCGCAUUUGCCUGGUGUGAAGGGCCACUUCUCUGAAAACUGAAGUUUGGUUUUGUGGUUGUUUUUUUAAUAUAUUGAAGGCGUUUUUGUAUGCACUUGCUAGGAUUUCUUAAGUUGUACAU